GAUGGACUGACUGGGAAUGGCUACAUCAGCUCGUGUGGUUCCUGCUUGUUCCUGCGGUGCUGAUAGCAAAGGAAAGAUUGUGGGGAGAGGAUCCGAGCUACAACAUAAGGAGCGUGAGGGGAGUGAGCAGGGCAGGCGGCACGGCAGUGCAGUAAGACCUCAGAAACAGCUGGUUUUAUUCAGUUUGUGCUGUAAAAGCUCUAUGAGACCAGAGCUUGGGAGCCGCGAUCAAAGGGUUGGUAACUUACACACCUGCCUGCAGCUGAAGAACAAAGCAUACAGGACUGGGAAAUAUAGGGAUGGCAGCUGAUUUAAUUUGUGGGUGGUGGAAUGAACACUGAGUUGAGGAGUUCGUUGCUGUGUGCUCUGUUCAGGACUUUCCUACAUCCAGGGCACUGUACCAGCUGGAGCACCACAUGCAGCUUGGAGCCCUUACGUGUUUGGUUUUAGUGUGGCUUGUGCUUUUAGCUUAAACCAGGAGGUGGUGUGGCUCCCUUUGCUAGGUUUGAUUAAAAGUCGUGUAGCAGAGGGCAAUUUGUGGACAACAUGUAAUAGAUGUGUGGUUUGCAAUCGGUCCUUUUCCCUUAUAGAAGUUGAAAAUGAGUCAGGGACAGACCUUGGGAGCGGGAGCAGGUGACCUGUGUGUGCUGCUGGUGGGGCUCAGUUGUCUGUACCAUUCCUGCCCUACGUGUGCUCUGUUUAACAAGCUCAUUGACAGUUCCUGCAUUCUUAGAAAGGAGCUUAAUAUCAGUGUCUAAUAUCACGGAAGUGGCAUUUUUCAUUCAUUCAAGAUAUACAUGUAUGUAUUUUGCCGCCUGCUCUUUGCUUUCAUACUCAGUCACUUACUCUCUUCCUUCCAAAGGGAGCGGAUGCUGACUUGUCACAUGGGUCUCUGGAGCACUCUGAGAGGGUGUAAGUUGUUGCACAUUCUGCAGCCAGACACAACAGUCUGCUGUCAUUUGCUCGUCCCUGUGGCAGCAGUUUUCCAUCUUGCACAGCGGCAUUUGGAGUCAGACUGCAGCCUCCUGAAUGCAGUAAAUUCUGACAGCAUGGAGACUAAGUAGUUCAUGCUGUUACCCGGUCUGGAUGUUUGAAGUCUGUCCCUUGGAACACGCUGCUGUUUGAGCUCUAGAGAAAGGCUUCUGAGCAUCGUGGAUAAAGACUGCAGCAGAAAUGGACACUGAAGGCUUUGAAGAGCUUCUCCAGCAGGCAGAACAGCUUGCAGCUGAGACUGAGGGCAUCUCUGAGCUCCCUCAUGUGGAACGCAGCCUGCCGGAGAUCCAGCAGGUUGGGGAGCGCCUGCGUUCCUGCACCCUGACCCGCACGUCCCAGGAGACUGCAGAUGUUAAGGCGUCUGUUCUUCUUGGGUCCAGAGGGCUUGAUAUAUCUCAUACCUCUCAGCGGUUAGAGAGUCUAAGUGCAGCCACUACAUUUGAGCCUCUUGAACCUGUGAAGGACACUGACAUCCAGGGAUUCCUGAAGAACGAGAAGGACAAUGCGUUGCUGUCAGCCAUCGAAGAGUCAAGGAAGAGGACUUUUGCUAUGGCAGAGGAGUAUCACCGAGAAUCAAUGCUGGUUGAAUGGGAGCAGGUGAAACAGAGGAUUCUUCAUACUCUGCUUGCAUCUGGAGAAGAUGCUCUUGAUUUCACCCAGGAAAAUGAGCCCAGCUACUUCCGUGAGUCGGGCCCUCCAGGCCGCAGCUCUUUGGACAGCGUGGAGAUGGCGUAUGCACGUCAGAUUUAUAUUUAUAAUGAGAAGAUAGUGAAUAGACAUCUGCAGCCUAACCUGGUGGACCUUUGUGCUGCUGUGGCAGAACUGGAUGAUAAGAACAUCUCUGAGAUGUGGGCCAUGGUGAAACAAAUGACCAGCGUUCGCCUGGUUUCUGCUAGCGACAUCCUGAACGUCCGGACCAACCUGGAGGUGCGUAUGGAGUUUGUGAGGCAGGCGCUGCGCUACCUCGAACAAAGUUACAAAAAUUACACCUUUGUGACAGUCUUUGGAAACCUGCACCAGGCUCAGCUGGGGGGAGUUCCAGGCACCUACCAACUGGUCCGCAGUUACUUGAACAUCAAGCUGCCUGCACCUGUCCCUGGUCUCCAGGAUGGUGAGGUGGAAGGACACCCUGUCUGGGCACUGAUUUACUACUGCAUGCGCUGUGGAGAUCUGACUGCAGCCAUGCACGUGGUGAAACGGGCACAGCAUCAGCUGGGAGAGUUUAAAACCUGGUUUCAGGAAUACAUGAACAGCAAAGACAGAAGGUUAUCCACUGCCACAGAAAAUAAGCUUCGUCUCCAUUACAGACGGGCUCUGAGGAACAACACUGAUCCAUACAAGAGGGCUGUUUAUUGCAUUAUUGGCCGUUGCGAUAUUACAGAUAACCAGAGUGAAGUUGCUGAUAAGACAGAGGAUUAUCUUUGGCUGAAACUGAGCCAAGUGUGUUUUGAUGAUGAUGGUGCCAGCUCCUCACAAGACCGAUUGACACUAUCACAGUUCCAGAAGCAGCUGCUGGAGGACUAUGGUGAAUCCCAUUUUGCAGUGAACCAGCAGCCUUUCCUCUACUUCCAAGUGUUGUUCUUGACGGCGCAGUUUGAAGCUGCAAUUGCUUUCCUGUUUCGGACAGAGCGCCUGCGUUGUCAUGCUGUUCAUGUUGCUCUGGUCCUGUUUGAGUUGAAGUUGCUCCUGAAAUCUUCUGGGCAAAGUGCACAGCUGUUGAGCCAUGAGGUUGGUGACCCCCCUGGCGUGAGGCGUCUGAACUUCGUGCGGCUUUUGAUGCUCUACACCCGUAAAUUUGAAUCCACGGAUCCAAGAGAAGCUCUGGAGUAUUUUUACUUUCUUAGGAAUGAGAAGGACAGCCAAGGAGAGAAUAUGUUCUUUCGCUGUGUUAGUGAACUAGUAAUCGAAAGCAGAGAGUUUGAUAUGAUUCUCGGGAAGCUGGAAAACGACGGCAGUCGGAAGCCUGGAGUGAUAGACAAGUUUAAUAGUGACACAAAGCCUAUUAUUAACAAAGUGGCUUCUGCAGCAGAAAAUAAAGGAUUGUUUGAAGAAGCAGCAAAACUAUAUGACCUUGCAAAGAACCCUGACAAAGUCUUAGAGCUGAUGAACAAACUUCUCAGUCCUGUUGUGCCCCAGAUCAGCGCUCCCCAGUCCAACAAGGAGCGGCUGAAGAACAUGGCCCAUUCCAUUGCUGAGAGGUACAAAGCUCAAGGGAUAAGUGCAAAGAAAUCCAUUGACUCCACGUUCUACCUUCUGCUAGACUUAAUCACGUUUUUUGAUGAGUAUCACGCCGGUCACAUUGACAGGGCCUUUGAUAUCAUUGAGCGCCUGAAGCUUGUACCUCUCAGCCAGGACUGCGUGGAGGAGAGAGUUGCUGCCUUCAGGAAUUUCAGUGAUGAAAUCAGGCACAAUCUAUCUGAGGUGCUGCUUGCAACCAUGAAUAUCUUAUUUACCCAGUACAAGCGGAUGAAAGGCACAAGCCCUGCCACUCCUGCCAGACCCCAGCGGGUAAUAGAAGACAGAGAUUCGCAGCUGCGAUCUCAAGCUCGUGCCCUGAUAACGUUUGCUGGGAUGAUCCCUUACAGAACAUCUGGAGACACGAACGCAAGACUGGUGCAGAUGGAGGUCCUUAUGAAUUAGCAGAGAAGCUCUGGCUUGGGGCUCAGCAGCUGGGCCUGCCAGUAGCGCAAUGGGGCUGGGACCAGUUCCAAUUUGUAUUCUGUAUUUUUGUUGAUGGAAAUAAAUCCCUUUGAUUUCUA